UUUUUUGUUUGACAGAAGGCCAUAUGAAUCCGGUAAACAAAAAAUUGUGAGAAAGUUCAUUUAUAUUUUCUUUACUCGGUUCAAAAUAAUUUAAAACCAACAAAAUGGGCCGACGUUCCAUUAAUACCACGAAAAGUGGAAAAUACAUGAAUCCAACUGAUCAAGCACGGAAGGAAGCUCGUAAAAAGGAACUGAAAAAGAAUAAACGGCAAAGGCAAAUGGUUAGAGCGGCCGUUCUCAAAAAUAAGGAUCCUGGCCAGAUUUUAGAAGAAAUGGAGAAAAUCGAUGAAAUGGAAUACAAUGUGCUACAACCAUCGCCUUUAAAUGAGAAGGUUCUUCGUGAUAAAAGGAAGAAGUUGAAAGAGACCUUUGAUCGUGUGAUGCGACUUUACCAUAAUGACGAACCCGAGCAUUGGGCAGAGUUGAAGCGUAAGGAGGUUGAAUACGAAAAAAAACGUCUGAAGAAACAACAAUAUUAUGAAAGCGUAAAGCAUGCACAGAGUGUACAAAUAGAUGAAAUUCCUUUACCAUCAUCCGCACAAGGACCUCCUGCUCCUGGUUCAAACAAUAUUAUAGGGUUCCACGUUUCUAAUAGAUUGCCCCCUCCGCCAACGGCUUUGUCUCUGCCACCAUUCGCACCUGGUGCACCACCGGGUGCGAUAAAAAAACCAAGUGAUCCCGCUUCUAAAGCUGCUGACAAGUCCAACGACACGAAAAAGAAGGAAUUUUUGGGUGUUCCGCCAGGACUAGCACCUAAUCUUCUUGAAAUGAAUGACUUAGACACAGAUGCCGAAGAUGAAGAAGUUGAACUGAAAGAAUAUACUCCAAAAUUAAGAGGCGGAAAGUCAAAGGCAAUAAAUAAGCCAAAUUCAUUGCAGCAGCGAAUGUUAGCAAUUUCUGGGCAGAAUAUUGAUGAAUUUAUGAAGGAAAUGGAAAGCGUGCACAAGAAGAAAGAAAAAGAGCGAGAGGCAGCCAUGCGUGGAGAUGAGGUUUCAACGUCUGAUGACGAAGGCAAACUUAAAACAUCUCAUAAAUCUGAUGAUGAAGAUGGUACACCUAUAAGCAGUCGUAGUUCAGAAGACUCAGAUAGUGGUGAUGGAAGUGAAGAUGCUAAACGAUCUCCUAAGAGGAAGCGAAAAGAGACAAAAAGCCCGCAGCAUGAGUAUAUUUCUACCGCUGUUAUAAGUGGACCUGCGGCAGUACCUGUAUCCAUACCUUUGCCACCUGUUCCUCUUCAUGCUGGUCCACGCCUAUCAAUUCCAGGUCCACCAAUGCCCCCAGUAGCUGGUUUGGCACCAUCUAUGAUUUUACGGCCACCUCCAUUACGCCCACCUGGCGCCCUACAUGCUUUUGGUAUACGAAUGCCCCCAGGCCCACCACCCGGACCACGCCCUCCUGGCAUGGGUGGCAUGCCACCAAGAAUGGGAAUAAGAAUGCCACCAGGUCCACCGCCCGGAAUGCCACCUCGAAUGGCACAUCAUCAUAAGAAUCAUCAACUAACCCACAAAGACCAAAGUAAAGGUGUAACUACAAUAACUGCAAAACCACAGAUUAGAAAUUUAAGUGCCGACGUUACACGCUUUGUACCAUCCACGUUGCGAGUAAAGCGUGAGGAGACUCGGAAACCUGGUACUCGACCUAAGUUGAUUCAAGAACCAAGUAAUCAAACAGCAGAAGCCAACAAAGCAGCUACAAAGGACGAUGCAUAUAUGCAAUUCAUGAAUGAAAUGCAAGGAUUACUGUAGUGCAUUUGUCAUGAACUGUAUAUUACUAUCUAUAUAUAUAUAAAAAUGGUGUGAAAAAUUUA